CUCUCUCGCCAAUAGUUCACAUGCAGACACUUACGCCUAACGCCGACAUAUUCCAUGCAAAACGCCGUCGUUUCACUUGUAGUCAAACCUCGACUUUGAUUCCGACGAAGGCACUCUCGGUUUCUCCGGCGAGAAAAACCAACAAAGAACAUCUCAGAAACCUUGAGAACGUUCUUAAAACUUCUUCAAGUUCUAUAGAUCAUCUCGAAAAUGUAACUUCUCGUCAAGAGAAGACGACGACGAAUACAUCGACGUCGUCACUUCUUGGAGGUUUGAAUUUGGCGCGAAUCUGGCCUCAGAUGAAAGCAGCCGUGGACGAAAUGUCUCCAAAGAAUUUGAAACGGCUCCAAAGGCUUCUCUCAAAGUCAUCGGAGGAACGUUCGCCGAAGAGUAAACUCGGGUCAAAAUGGCGGGAGCUACACGGGUUAAACAACUGGGCCGGGUUGUUGGAUCCAUUAGACGAGAAUCUCCGGCGAGAGCUUGUCCGUUACGGAGAGUUUGUACAAGCAGCUUAUCACGCGUUUCACUCAGACCCGGAAGGUUCGCCGAGACACGUGGCCUUACCUGAUGGGUCUUUUAAAGUAACGAAGAGUCUUUACGCCACGUCAUCCGUUCGUCUACCUAAAUGGAUCGAUGACGUUGCACCGGAUCUCCGGUGGAUGACUAAACAGACGAGCUGGGUUGGUUACGUGGCAGUGUGUGAUGAUCCGAGAGAGAUCCGACGGAUGGGAAGGAGGGAGAUCGUCAUCGCCCUCCGUGGAACCGCCACGUUGCUCGAAUGGUCGGAGAAUUUCAGGCCCAAUCUCGUUUCAAUGCCUGAGCCCAAACCCGAUCAAUCCGACCCGACUCGACCCAAAGUGGAAUGCGGAUUUAAUAGCCUCUACACGACGGGUGGCCAACACGCACCAAGCCUCGCCGAGUCGUUGGUCGGAGAAAUCACCCGACUUGUCGAGCUCUACGCAGGAGAGGAGCUGAGCAUCAGCGUCACCGGUCACAGUCUCGGCGCCGCAAUCGCUCUUCUCGCAGCCGACGACAUCGCCGAGCGUGUUCCACACGCGCCUCCUGUUGCGGUGUUUUCCUUCGGUGGGCCACGAGUCGGGAACCGCGAGUUCGCGGAUCGUUUGGAUUCGAAAGGAGUGAAAGUCCUCCGCGUCGUGAACAGCCAAGACGUGGUGACGAAAGUCCCCGGCAUAUUCUCCGAUAAUGAUAAGCAGGGGCAAAAUCGUAAUAACGGGAGAAGUCCAGGGGGUAUAAUGGAGAUGGUGGAGAGGAACAAUCCAUGGGCUUACUCGCAUGUGGGAGCGGAGCUGCGUGUCGACAUGAAGAUGUCUCCGUAUCUGAAACCGAACGCUGACGUGGCGUGUUGCCAUGACCUGGAAGCGUACUUGCACUUGGUCGACGGGUUUUUGGCAUCUAACUGUCCGUUUCGGGCAAACGCGAAAAGGAGUUUAAGGAAACUGUUGGAUGAGCAAAGGUCAAACGUCAAGGAGAUGGCAACUUUGAACCCUUUUGAUUUGUUGGAUGACGAUGCUGAGGAUCCAAGCCAGCUCGCUGUUUCCAUCGACAAGAUUGAUAAGUCCAAGAAAUCUGGACCGGUUUCGGGCUUCCCUGCUAAGUCAGCUCCUAAGCUUCCAUCGAAGCCACUUCCUCCUGCUCAAGCCGUGAGAGAGGCAAGGAGUGAUGCUCCACGUGGUGGUGGUGGAGGCCGUGGAGGAUUUAGCCGUGGUCGUGGUGGUUACAACCGUGAGGAUGGUAAUAAUGGAUAUUCAGGAGGAUACACUAAACCCUCAGGGGAAGGAGAUGUUUCAAAGUCUUCUUACGAGAGGCGUGGCGGUGGUGGUGGUGGUGGUGGUGGAGGGGCUCCUCGUGGUUCUUUCCGUGGUGAAGGUGGUGGUGGUCGUCGUGGUGGAUUCAGCAAUGAGGGUGGUGAAGGAGAACGUCCUCGAAGGGCCUUUGAGCGUCGUAGUGGAACUGGCAGAGGGAGUGACUUCAAGCGUGACGGAUCUGGUCGUGGCAAUUGGGGAACUCCAGGGGAAGAGUUAGCUGCUGAGACUGAAGCAGUAGCUGGUGUUGACACUGAGAAGGAUGCUGGAGAGAAGCUAGCUGUUGAUGAUGUAGCUGCUGAUGCUAACAAGGAGAAUACUGUUGUUGAGGAGAAAGAGCCUGAGGAUAAGGAAAUGACUCUUGAUGAGUAUGAAAAAAUACUCGAGGAGAAGAAAAAGGCACUUCAAUCAUUGGCCACCUCUGAGAGGAAAGUCGAUACUAAAGUGUUUGAAUCAAUGCAACAACUGUCAAACAAGAAGUCUAAUGAUGAAAUCUUCAUCAAGCUGGGUUCUGAUAAGGACAAACGCAAAGAUGACAAAGAAGAGAAGGCUAAGAAGGCUGUGAGCAUCAAUGAGUUUCUGAAGCCAGCAGAGGGUGAGAUCUACUACCGAGGAGGAGGUCGUGGUGGUCGUGGACGUGGUGGUCGUGGCCGUGGAGGUGUUUCUAGUGGCGAAUCUGGUGGUUACCGUAAUGAAGCUGCACCAGCCAUUGGAGAUGCUGCUCAGUUCCCAUCUCUUGGGGGCAAGUAAGAUCCAUCCAUGAAAACGUCCAUACUCUGCAUCCUCCUCUAGGAUUUUGUGCGAGGAUUUACUGUUUACCGGUCUCUCGUUGUCAGAUGUAAAUUUUUAGGUGUCAGUCAGUUUUUAGAUUUUAUGCAAACUUACGCCUGAUGGUUUUCUUUACUUUUGAAACAGUACACUGUUUUAUUUUACCAUUUAAGUGUUUGUUGUUUUCUUAUUUGUGAAACAUGUUUUGAGACAGACAUAUCUAAUGUUAUCGGUAUGACUGUAUGAGUCUUCUUCACUCUGUAUCCUCUUUUCUCAUUCCUGAUCGUGUUCUUACUUCUUAGAUGUUAUAAACUCAGUUAUAAGAU